AUAUACGAAUGUUUAUAUUGUUACGUAGGCGUAAUAGUAAACAGGUCCGAGGUAACGCCAUUCCCACACCAGCGAAGGCCAUGAUGUAAAGAAUUAGCGCCAUAAUCACGAUUGAAAACAUUGUUUUAAACAGAAAUGUUUACAUUUAUAAAAAUUAAUUCAAAUCUAUUAAGUCAUGUCUAUUUCUGUAUACCAAAACCAUGAGGAUUCAUUAGAUCCAUUAUAUCAACAUGAAUAUUUUGAAGAAACAAGUCAAGAAGUAUGGGAAUAUUGUGUUAUUCCCUCCUCUGUCAGUAUAUUUCAUAUCAUAUACAAAAUACUCGUAGUUAAUCUAUCAUUUGGAAUCGUAAUUUCUACAAUAAAUGUUCCGAAAACAGUAUUGCAUGUAUAUUUUGCAGCUAGUGGAAUUUAUUUGAUUAGUAAUCUCGAAUCAAAUGUAGGAAAGUAUCUUAUUUUAAUAUUUUUUACAUCAUCAUAUAUUAUUUUAAAAAUCGGUAGCUACAUACAAGAGCAAUAUAAUCCAACCCAAAAGAAUAAUGUUCACAAAAUUCAAUACUUCAGUACAUCUAAGUUAGUGAAGUACACUCUUAUUAUUAUUUUAGUUUUAUGCCAGUAUUUUUUAUUGAAAUCUGAAACAUGGAUGGAGAUUAGGGGGGUUAUAAUGAUUUUUAGUAUGAAAUUAAUCUCGCUUGCUGAAGAUGUCGAAAGUGGUGUUAUAAAAUAUCCGUCUCAUUUAAAAUAUUAUGCUUACAUAUUUUGUGGUGCAAACGUUAUGUUUGGUCCUUGGAUACCUUUUCAAGAGUACGAAGCAAUGUUUUACCAACCUACAAAAAAGAACAUAUGGUGGGUUUUUGGAAUAGCAAGGGCUUUAUUGAUAUCAAUGUUCUUUCUCAUGCUCUCUAAUUGUUGGUCAAUGUAUUUUAUUCCCGAAGACUCGAAUCAGUGGUUGAAAAGUUAUAGAGAGGCUUUUUCAUUCAGAGCUAGUCAUUAUUUCAUCAGUUUUUUAUCGGAGGCAUCUAUGUUAGCAGCUGGUUACAAGAAUACUAAAAUUUGGCAUGAACCGAAGAAAUGGCACUUUGAAAUAGCAGAUCCUUUGAAAAUCGAGUUUCCCUCUGCCUUAGCCGUAGUUGUGACUACAUGGAACAAACCGAUGCAUGAUUUCUUGAAAAAAUAUGUGUACCGAUCAUGGUUGCCGCUAGGAAAAUUUUAUGGCAUAUUAGCAACGUUCGUCAUAUCUUCAUUUCUUCAUGGAUUCGAAUUCAAAGUAUCCGUUGUAUUAAUAUUGAUAGGAAUAUUUUCUUACUUACAAUUCACCACUAGGGAUUAUUUUGCUAAAGCGUUCAGCUGUUGUAUCAGAGUAUACCCAUGUAAAAACAUAUGCAGUCAUAGGUUCAAAAGAAACAGUAUCGCGUCUUGGAUUUGUAGGUUGGCUUUUUCAUUUACUACCAUUUUGCAUCUUGUUUAUUUGGGGAUGUUGAUGGAUCCCAGUACUGAUGAGACCGGUAUAUUAGAAAAGUGGAAAAAUUUAUAUUUUGUCAGCUUUUGGAUAAUGCUUAUCAACAUUUUAGUUAUUAUGUAAGAAUAUUUUUUUAAUUUAACCUGUUUUUGAGUUAUUGCAUGUGAUAUUUCUAGCGUAGAUUUUAUAUUUUAAAUAAAUAACUUUUACAUUAAUAUAUGAUUUUUUCUUCUCUUCAGGCACCACUCGAAUACGAGAUGGAGAUGCCUGAGGAUAUUGAUCUUGAACUUCUGUAGGUUGUAGUGUUCGGUGCCUUGGUAGCUGAUUCCAUAGGCUUCCACUUCUUCAAGGAAAUGAGUCCCGAUCAAUUGACGUUCUUGGCGUUUGCAGGCGAACUCUGUGUUCAUGAGCCACGUCUGCCUGUCGAGUAGGUCUUGCAAACACUGCUCUAGAAGGGAUUAUACUGGACAUUUCGGAAGUAGUAGUAUCGGUAAAAAAGAAUCAGUUCAGCAACCUUUCUUGUAUGCUCUAAUUUGUCCAAGAUUCUGGUCAACUCUGGAUCACCUAUAAGUCGAAUUGCUCUCUUAUGUAUUGAGUCGAGCACCUAUAGGUAUGCUUGGGAGCCGAGCAUAAAAAGUGCGAGCAAAGAUGGACGAAUCUGAGCCUUGUAGAGGAUUAUGAGCUAUUGCGGAGUGACUUAAAGAGUGCUACGACUUAUAUUUGAUGAAUGAAUUUAAGAAUAUCAACCAACCAGAUUAAUGCACUAUUUCCCUCAGCUAUUUCCAUUAGAAUUAAAUUGAGAAAAAAAAGUAGCAACUGGUCUGGCAUAUUUACAUAAAUAUAUAUUCUCUUUACAAAUUUAAAUAGAAACAUAAAAGUUUAAGUAGGUCUUUUGAUACUAAACUAAAUUAACAUUAAAAUAGCGGAAACCGCACGACUAUAUCUUUUUUCUAUUCCGAGGUAUCUUAAGAAAUCAUGUAAAAUAUAUGAAACAACGCCCUCUAGCAUUCACGUUGCUGAUUGAAUUGAUUAAAUUUUAUAUAUUUUAUAUUCCCUGACAACAAUUUUCAAACAAUAUCAAGUGAUUAAAAAUCGGCUAAGCAGAACCGGACUUAUAGGAAUUUUACCAUAAGAAGGUUUCCACUCUCCCCCACCUGCCAUUUAAAGAGAUAUUUGUUGAAUAAUUCGAUUAUAGUAUAUAAAGUACUACUUAAUAGGGUAAAUUUAAAAAAAUUUCCCUUUUUUAAUUCUAUAUUGCCAAGUAGGCCUCUAGUGGUGGAUCUAAAAUUUUGAAAAUAAUUUCCAGGAAUUUUUGUUAUAAUUUUUUCUCUUAAGCUGUAAUAUAUUCCGUUCCUGAGA